AACAACAAAACAAAACAAUAAAAUCCGCACUAGAUUUCAGACUUCAGACUUUAGGCGUUCGAAGACAGUUGCUGAAUCGCAAUCGAGUCAAAUGCAAAUGCAAAUCGACGACGAAUGAAUUGACAAUGACAAAGAGUAUUAAACGUCCGCCGCCUUUUAGUUGUAACCGAGUUCUUCUUACCUAUGUGAUAUUAGCUUAUACAGUCAACGCCCACAGCUCGCCCCCGCCAUGCGGCCUUUAUGGAGCGCCGCCUUGCCAAUUUCUCCCGGCGCCACCUGGUCAAACGCCCACCUGCGCCCGUCCAGGAAAGACGUACUGCGAACACGCCGAUAACUAUCCCACGUAUCUCAUUAAGAGCCUCGUUCGCAAGUGGGGCUACGAGGCCAGCACUUUGCUGGUGGACGAAACCUGGGAGGAUUUCGCGGCUGUGGCGUGGCACGAUACCCCCGUCUUCUACGAUCCCAAGUCCAUCUUUCCGCCCCGCGAUCCCAAUGCCCAGGACUUCAAUGGAUACAGUUAUCAGACGCCCUUCGGGGGCAAUCCACAGAGGGUCAGUGGUGGCAACCCCCUCUUCGCCAGCAAUCCCUCUACGGAAGCGCCAACGUAUCUCCUGUACACCUCUUCUGGAGGAGGUCAUCGUGCGGGACAGCGUUACAAUUCCCAGGGCGGAGGGACCUCAACCUCCGCCGGCGGUCACUUGUACUUCAAUCAGGGCGGCAAGUCGACUCCCUACAAUGCCACCCUCUGGCUAAAGAGAUUGGUCAGGGAUCUCAGUCGGAAGCAGAGGCAAGCUGACGAGGAAGUGGAGGAGGAGGUGGUGGAGGAGGAGGACGAGCAGGCUGAGGAGGAUGAAGAGGAGGAGGAGGAUGAUGAACCGCAGGAGGAUCAUCAGCAAAGCAAGCGAGAUGUCUCACUUAACCUAGAUCUCUUGGACAUCGUGGGCGUGGAUGCGCCCAGUCCGCUGAAGAAGCAUUCGAGGACAAAGCGCCAGAGUCCCGGACGCUCCACCCUCUGCCAGACGACCUCGCAGUUCAUCACCCCCCAGGCGGCGCUCAACAGUCGCGGAAACUGGAUGUUCGUGGUCAAUGAGCAGAACACCGCUCGCCAGAUGGUCAAGGCUGAGCUUUGUGCCUCGAACACCUGCUCAAACCUGUGCGAAUUGCCCAACGGCUACAACUCGAGAUGCGAGCAGAAGUUUGUGCAAAAGCGCUUAAUUGCGCUCCAGGGCAAUGGGCAGAAUCUGUACCAGGACACGUUUUGGUUUCCCAGUUGCUGUGUCUGCACGAUAGCCGCCAAUUAAAUGGUUCCAAAUGGGAGUCAAAGGAGUCAGAAGGACGAGAGGAUGCAGCAUUGAAUGUCCUUUGGCGGCAAAUCAUUUUGGCGAAAU